CUCUCUCUCUCUCUUUGAUGCACUGCUGAACUUGAAAUUAUUAUAUACUAUUAUUAGUUUUGUCGUGGUAAUUCACACCAUCAUCACCUCCUUCCGCAACAACUCUGCCCACCGUUAUUUGAUACAGUCUAUUUCAUCUUCUUUCUAUCCUUCUCGCAGUUUCUCUAUUAGCUUGGUUUGCUACCAUUCAGUGUGCAGUGGCUUGCUGCACAAAGAAAUUACUCUACCCAAAAAACCCGUUUUGAAGGAGAGAUGAAAAUGAAUUUCUUCGUUUUGUGCUUUUCUUUAAUUUAUGUUGCCACCCUUUUCAGUACUUGCUGUCUUGCUCUCACUGAUGAUGGUCUGGCAUUGUUGGAAAUCAAGAGCACAUUGAAUGAUAGUAGAAACAUACUAGGUAACUGGCAAUCUACUGAUGAAUCUCCUUGCAAAUGGACUGGUAUUUCUUGCCAUCCCCAUGAUCAAAGAGUCAGUUCAAUAAACCUGCCUUACAUGCAGUUGGGAGGGAUUAUUUCUCCUAGCAUUGGUAAACUCGGUAGACUACAAAGGCUGGCACUUCACCAAAACAGUUUACAUGGGAUUAUUCCCAACGAAAUCACCAAUUGUACGGAGCUCAGAGCAGUGUACUUGAGGUCUAAUUAUCUACAAGGAGGCAUUCCGUCAGAUAUUGGAAACCUAUCUCAUCUCACUAUACUGGACUUGUCAAGCAACAUGCUAAAAGGUGCUAUACCUUCAUCUAUUGGCCGGCUUACUCGUUUGGGCCACCUGAAUUUGUCUACCAACUUUUUCUCUGGUGAAAUCCCAGAUUUUGGAGCUUUAAGCACUUUUGGGAACAGCUCGUUUAUUGGCAAUUUAGAUCUUUGUGGUAGACAAGUGCACAAGCCAUGUCGAACCUCAAUGGGAUUUCCUGCAGUGCUUCCACAUGCUGCAAGUGAUGAAUCAGCAGUUCCUACUACACGGUCCUCUCAUUACAUUAAAGGGGUGCUUAUUGGUGUAAUGGCCACAAUGGCCCUUACACUAGCCGUGCUUCUUGCAGUCCUCUGGAUUUGCUUGUUAUCAAGGAAGGAAAGAGCUGCUAGGAAAUACACAGAAGUCAAAAAGCAAGUUGAUCAAGAAGCAAGUACAAAGCUCAUCACUUUCCAUGGUGACCUGCCGUAUCCUUCAUGCGAGAUUAUAGAAAAGCUAGAGUCUCUUGAUCAGGAGGAUGUUGUAGGUUCAGGAGGAUUUGGUACUGUAUACCGAAUGGUCAUGAAUGAUUGUGGAACAUUUGCUGUUAAAAGGAUUGACCGGAGUCGUGAAGGAUCUGAUCAAGUAUUUGAGAGGGAGUUAGAGAUCUUGGGUAGCAUCAAGCACAUAAAUUUAGUGAACCUGAGAGGUUAUUGCAGGCUUCCAAUGUCAAAGCUUCUCAUCUAUGAUUAUCUUGCCAUGGGCAGUUUAGACGACAUUUUGCAUGAAUGUGGCCGAGAACAACCAUUAAAUUGGAGUGCUCGCUUAAGAAUUGCUUUAGGUUCUGCAAGGGGCCUUGCAUACUUGCACCAUGACUGCAGCCCCAAGAUAGUCCAUCGUGACAUAAAAUCCAGCAAUAUUCUCCUUGAUGAAAAUUUGGAGCCGCAUGUCUCUGACUUUGGUCUUGCCAAACUUUUGGUAGAUGAGGAUGCUCAUGUCACGACUGUAGUUGCUGGCACUUUUGGUUAUUUGGCACCAGAGUAUUUACAAAGUGGGAGAGCCACUGAGAAGUCGGAUGUUUAUAGCUUUGGAGUUCUGUUGCUAGAGAUUGUAACUGGAAAAAGACCUACCGAUCCAGCUUUUGUAAAUAGAGGCUUAAAUGUUGUUGGUUGGAUGAACACCCUAUUAAAAGAGAAUCGGAUGGAAGAUGUGGUAGAUAAAAGGUGCACUGAUGCAGAUAUGGAAACUGUGGAAGCAAUUCUUGAGAUAGCGGCAAGAUGCACAGAUGCGAAUCCAGAUUUUCGGCCAACAAUGAACCAGGUAUUGCAGUUGUUAGAGCAAGAAGUCAUGUCUCCUUGCCCAAGCGAUUUCUACGAGUCUCAUUCAGAUUAUUCUUGAAUGACUUCAUGCAUUCAGUGUGCAGCAGUUGCUGAAUCCAGCUAGAUGUAUUUAUUACAUCCUCAACAAAGUUUUGUGAUAUGUUUGCCCCUAUAUUUGGGGCCUGUAAAUCCUUCCCAUGCAAAUGUUGGAUUUGCAUUUUACCUGUUGAA